UAUGGUGUUAGUAUUAUAGUUUUGCCUUACCGGCCACGGUCUGUCUGACUAAAUCCAGACUAGAGCAAUCGCCGCCUUAACAAGAAGUAUUGGGUAUUAAAGAGCGAGGAAAACUUAUCGCAGGAAUUAUAUCACAGUCAUAGAUCAACUAGGUCGUUGCGCUUAUUAAGACGAGCGGUUCUAGAUGACCCAAAAUAUAUCAGAUUGUUUUUUUUUUCUAAAAGUAAAAGUAGAAAGAAGCGAACAAUUUCAAAACGCACAAAGCGCAGAAGAAUUUUGCACACGUUUAUUCACAUAAGAAAAAAGAAACUCGAACUAAAGAUCGUGCCAAUCCCACUCUCUGACUUAGCCAAGAAAUGUGUAAAAGUAAAAGUGCUGUUUUUUUGUGUUUUAGUACGCUCGUUCUUACCGUCCCUAUAACCUGCUUAAAAUUAGUUCUUUCACACAGCCUGUGGCAUAUUUAUGCUUAACAUAUGUGAUGAUUCAAGCUAACCAUUUCCAUUCAAUACUUAAACAUACGGAAAUACAUAGACUGCAGAUGCAUUACUAUCUGCCAUUCUUCUUAAUCGGCAUAAAUCUCUCCAAAAAAACCCGUUUUCGUCUAGCUUUCUCGACUGGAAAGGCUUUUGUGCUGUGAGCUCAUCGUUGCAUGGAUCCGGCUACUGCGUCCCAUACAAGCACAUUCCAUUUCUACAUUCACAACGCAAAAGCUAGACAUGGUCAUGGGAUCUAAAAAGGGUAAAAUGUCAACUGAAUGCAAGCCAAAGGUCUGUCUGUACUAGGAAUGCUGCCAUUCACCAGAUUCACUCACGACCCUGACAGUUGGGCACUUUGGAAAGUGUGUGGAAAAUGUUAAAGCAUGCGUUUUUGUUGAGGUUUCGUUGGAACAUUUGAUCUAAACUGUUGUUGUACUGUUAGAUUGAAUUCUUGUUGCUUUUUCUGGUUGUAUUUGUACUACGCGCAUUUUUGGUUUUGAAUUUUGUAACCGAUUCAUUUGCUUCAUUUUUGCUCAUGUUAAAAUGCUGCUUUUAAAAAAGUAAUGCAUCUCUGCAUUUUUUAAAAUUGUUUUGUUUCCUUUUUUUAUAACAUUGUUUAACCAAUAAUCAUAUAAAAUAGCAAUAUGGCCAGACCGUUCUUUAUGAAUAAAAAAAAUCAUAUAAAAUAUCAUGUAGGGAUUAUUAUGUGGGUCCUGCAGCAUAUAAUGUUGGCUGUUAUUUUUACCAAUGUUUGUGUCCCUCACAGUAAGUACGUGGAAAUUAGUAAUAAUAAUAGUAUCAGGUUUGCUUUCGAUUGCGAUACCAAGAUGAACGUUAAGCGUGAAAUUAAAAUGUGUUGCUGUACACGUUUCCCUUGUGAUACCCUCGUGGGUCGGUACCGAACGGCUGCUAUUAUUUGUUUCAAUGAUUGCAUCUGUGCUGAAUUCACUACUACUUCUGUAAGUGCCUUUUGAUUCAAUAGAGGGAACGCAACCAAGAAAGAAUGAAGAUGGUUUGGUAACGUAUUACCAUACAAACAGAAAAUUGUGCUUCGCUGCAACCUCGUUCACACCAUCUGCCUUUCCAAUGCUGCAUCUUGCCACACCACAGAAAAAGGCAAAAUAGAAGACAAAAAUUCCCAUGAAACAACAACACACUGUGUGCAUGACUGUUGUUUGACUGAAUGAAGUUUUGACGCAACAUUUUUUGUAGUUGUUGUUGAGGGGGCCCGCGCUUCGAUAAUACUUUGCAUUAAGAUUCAAUCUUGCGGCAUGCAACAUUUGCUCUCUCAGCAGAUUCAUUGCAACGGAGAUCCCACUUUACCCACCUAGGUGAGCUUCUUGUUUCGUGCAUCCUCCGAUGACUUCAUGCCAACUGGUUGGGCAUUCGCUGAUCGUGCAUAGUUCAUGAAAAUUUUUAAAACAAUGCCCAAUUUACUAUGUAUUCCCGACUUGUGACUAAUUUCAUCUACGUCUCUGCAUCGGCUGCCUUGCCGAAAUUAGCGCCACAACAUCGUUAUUAUAGAUAUAAAGUUAUCUAGCUUUCGAGAAUUGUUAGUGAAGCUUCUGAAGCUUUUUCAAAGUGAAUAAAACAAAUUCAAUGUCAUGUAAUCUUUUUAUACAUAUUGUGUUUAGUAAGGUCAGUGGAGUGUGUUUCGUUGAACGAUUUUAUGAUGAGCCUUGUUUCCCUCUGUUUCUCAUUCCCUGAAAUUUGACCUGAGGCUUAAUUUUGGAAUUUUUAAAUUUACAGUUAAUCCGGAUGAAUCCAAUUUUGACACGUAACAGAUCAGAGAUUAAAAAUAUUUGUAUAUGAAAAAAUAUUCCCUUUAAAAAUUUAAAAAGACUUUAAUUAAAAAACGACAAUUUUAGCCUUGUUAGACUAUCCUUACAAACCAUACCGCCAAACUAUAGUUUGCUGUAAAAUCUUUGAACCCGAUAAGCUGGUGUUAGUACUUUUAAGUUUAGUAAUUAGUAAUAAAGUGUAAUCAAGAGAUAUCUUUGGCCUACCAUUUGAGACGGAUGUAUAAACGAGGGAUAUCGUCUUGAUUACGUUAUACAGAUUUUUUACUCUUAAAAUUCGACUGGCACGAACUCACAAAACAAUUGAUAAUUAUGUACUGUAACAAUGGUGAAGCUUACAUAAGAAAUAAUAAAAACCAACAAGUUCCCAGAGCUCCGGCUGCCCCUCGGCAGAAGAUGUCUUAGUAUGGGUUGAAUGCCGCUCGGUCGAUUUCUAAAUCUAACGUAAUAAUUGGUCUAGGUUGGCUUGGAAGGCUAUGAGAGAGGUCAGCUCUAGCCAGAAAUUGUCUAGGCAGUAAGGAGAGUGAUGAAGAUUACUAGCGUUCGAUUUGGUGAUGACGCCGAACACCGUGGUUGUAAUCACAAAAUUACUGUUCCAUGCAUAACCAGCACCAAACUUUAUGCGAAAAAUGUUCAACAAACGAUACGCUAUCGUACCAUUGCUAAGUUUUGAAUAAGAGUAGGAUAAACAAAAAGAACUUAAUGAAUUUUGUUGUGUGAACAAUCGAUAAAAGCUGUUUCGUAUGAAGUUAUUAUGGAAGAUUGAACUUUCUUUAAAUCAAUUCUAAAAAGCAUUUUUUUUUAUUCAUGAAGAACGGCCUGGCCGUAUUGCUAAGGUAAAGCAGGUUUAUUUCAAUGAAAAACAACAUCAUUCGACCAUAAAGCAAUAAAUAAAAAUAAUUUUAAUUGAUUUUUCACUAUUAUAAACUGAUGGAUUUUUUUAUUCGUUAAUAACGAAUAAUGAUGGAAGCACGACAUGGGAAUGUGUGCUUGUUUAGGCAUAGUAAAGAUGAACAUGGUAAAUUUACCUGCAGCAUGUUGCACAUAUGCGUGAAGUGUUUUUUUUUUACUCGAGGGCCCAUUUCAUUUUAUGAUUAAUGAUACGCGCUUCGUGUUAGUCUAACGAAUAUAAUCUAGGCCGUUUUAACAAGAGUAUCAUGCACUGAGCAAAUGACUAUCUAGAGGCAAAUAAAAGUCGAACAAAACGGGUUUAAUCAUGUAAAGCGUCCCACGUAUGCGCGAUGUGUUUUGUGAUGUGACAAUUAUUUGUUUUAAUAGCCGUAGAAUUAAAACGUAAAUUAAAUUUCAAACAAAAAACAAGUUUAAGAUAAAGUUAAAGUAAUUUCACUUUUUUUUUAUUUGGCACUACAAUUUGGGGUUGCAGUUGAUUUCUGGCUUACUUAAUUUAAUUUAUCCGUAGUUCGAUAUUUCGUGUAGAGUACAGGGAAAUGGUUCAGAUGGCGGUAAAUGCUGCUCCAGUCGUGAUGUAAUCCGGUUCCGCCCCCACUUAAUCACAGGGUGGUUCCACACAGACAAUUAUUCAUCUUCUCGUUUUUAUCUUUAAAAUGUACAGCAGCUACCACUUGCACAGCCUCCCUUACCUUCCCAGGGAAUUAAUGUUGACUAAUAGAUUACUGUUUUACUUUCCCUUAGGCGUCAAAUAUUUCGACAAGUAUGAGCUUUUUGUAAAAAAUAGUGUUAUGCAUGAAAUGUUAUAAACAAAAAACGCCAACGAUACGAGCAGCAAAGUUGGAGAAUUUAACAUCCGUGACGCUUAUUUGCAGAGGUUUGCACUACAACCUUGUUUAUUGUGAACAAAAGAAUCCAUCAAAAUGGGACAUCAUAAUUUGUUCAUCCGCGUAGUGUUUCCGGUUCUCGUAAUUGUAUCGGAACUUGCAUCGAUCGAAGGCAACUCUAAAAGCACGCAUCGUAACCUAUUUCGCUUGCCAUCGCGACGAGCUGCUCGAAGUGCAUUGGUUGAGGAGAAUGAUGGUGGUACUGCAACUAAUUCGUUCUCCGGUGGUGAAAUGGAAAGUUAUCAAGGUUUGGUUGGCCGUCCCGGUAUUGAUUUCCCAGUGCUAACUCACAUUCCAAAGACAAUUUUUGACUGCAAGAAUCAUGGCAAUGGUUACUUUGCCGAUUUAGAAACUCGUUGUCAGGUAUUCCAUAUAUGCGACGAUGGAAAAAAGAUCUCGUUUCUUUGCCCAAACGGUACGAUCUUUAGACAGCUUGACCUAAUUUGCGACUGGUGGUUUAAGGUAGAUUGUGCUGCGACGCCGAACCAUUUCGCCGAAAGCACCGAAAUGCUUACCCAAGCCAAACGAGCGCGCCUACAAAGCAAGCAUCCCGUACCCCAACCUAUCACUCAAAGCGAUGAAAGGCUUACGCUCAACAUUCAAGAUAAGCGCUUGCUUUUAGGAAACACUAACAGUCUUCGGACUGCCAAAACGCCAACCCGAAAUACGCUCGAACUGAACAGACGAAUGGAUCGAAUCGUCUCAGCAGAAUCGAACGGGUUUGGUUCUAAUAGAAAUGGCAAAACCUUCAAAGAUAAUACCGAUAAAUCGUAUGUGGCGGAUGAAAUACAGGAAACUUCCCAGAGUGCGUCGUUUGCAUCCAUAGCGAACAAAAUGUUCAACACAUAUUAUGCGCAAGAACAGCUUUUGAAAGAUCAGGCUAACGGCAACAAAUUAAGAAGAAACGAGUCAUAUGGGGACGAUGCAUCUCGUGAUUACCUGUUGGUAUUGUCAAAAGAUGCACGAGACGAAAAUAUCAGCAGCAGCAGCAGCAGCAUCAGUACCAGCGGCAACAGACAUGCGAUGAAUUACAUGCCUUACACAACUGCACGAAAACUGAAUCUAAAUAGCAAAGUUACGCAAUUUUACACACCAACAGUACCCACGUUCACUACCAGCACGAGAACAACGACGGUGGGAGCAAUAAGUGAGGAUGCCAUGGUCACGACAAAGGCCACAACAAUCAAUGGUUUCAUCAGCGGUGGAACCGUCGGAUCCCAGAGCUUCGGCAACCAAUUCGCUCACCCAAUGCGGCGUGAAGGUACCGCCGACGAAGAGACGAUAAUGGAUCAUGCCAUGGAAAUUAUGCAAACUAUCAAAAAUCUAAAAAUUGACGAAUCUGCAAGCAAUGGCGAUGCAGUGAAACAAACCAUAGAUGACGUGAUGGCUACCGCGUCGUCGUCCACCAAUACUUUCAACGGUCCGACCAUCACGUUCUCGACGAUUGCGUCGCCAACAAAGGUUUCCUAUGAGUUUUUGCAGCACCCAUCGGAGAUUGGUCCGAUCGUGGAUCGCUUCAGAAGGAUGCGCAUUGCGGCCGAGCGUAGGCCUAAGGUAGACGUUGGACAUCGGUCGCUCCUUACGCGCACCACUUUAAACGAAUAUGACCGUCUGUUUCAAACUAAAGAUAAUGAAAACGGUGGAAACCGUAUAGACGAUGUGCACGAUCACGAGCACAAUCACUCGGAGACGGAGUUCUACAUGGAUUCACAAAUGGAACACGAUCUGGAAGGUCAAUCUUCAAGGUACCCCGUGUUUGGAAUGUCAAACUCGACACAGAUUCGUGAGCUAGCUCAGAUUUUUACUCACGCACUGUCGGCCUACCUUCAAGAUCCCGUGACAUUCCGGCGCAUACUUACUGAAAUUCGUCCAAAAGCCCCAGGUACGCAAACGCUCGACAAGUCGUUUACGAUGGAACGGACGGCCGGUGCAUUCGAGACCAGCGUUCCUUCCCUGCUCGAAACUACCACAUAUUCAUCGCAUGAUAACGCCAUUCAACGUGCUCGUCUGCAGGAUGGAGAAAAUUAUGAAGUGUUGGACUUUUCCGACUUGUCGACCACUACCACCACUGUGAACCCUACGGAUAAAGAAACAACUGUUGUAGAUACCACAACAGCAACACCACCGACAACCACAAUCGAUAGCAGUGUCGAAUAUAACAAGGUUAGCUUUUUGCCAAAAGAUACGUCUAGAAAGCAGGGCAAAAGCUUAUCGAUCAAGUUCAUAACUAACAGCCGUAAUGAACUGGCCGACGAAGUUAACAGUGAGCUGGGAACACCGGCUUCCUUCAGCUACACGAACCGUUUUGCCGAUCAUGCUAGCGCAGAGCACCAGGCAGACAGAGAGGCUGGCGAUGUCACCACGAUAACUACGGCCAAUCGUUUGGACACAAAAGCACCGACAGUUUCUAGCGCACUACCAACCGCAACAGCUAGCGUCGUAACCGAACCAGUAUCAGCUCCUCAAUCUGUUCUUAAACCACCGGUUAUAUCAAGCAGCCGGUAUUCAUCGGAGCUUAAGCCUAAAACUACGCUUGUGCUGGAGGAUGACGAACAGUUGCAGCGAGCGCAAAGCGAAUCGAUCGUAUCCAGUCAAAACAAUCGACCCAUUUACGAAAGAAACAAGUACAGUGUUAUUAGUUUGCAUAAUUUUAGGGACAAUCCCACAACCGGAGUAACGUCUGGGUCCUUGGUAAACCAGACGCCCAUCGCCACCGUGCAACCUUCCGCCAACUUACAGCAAGAGCCUGAUGGGAUAGUGCCAGCGUCUCGUACCACAAUGUCUUACACGGUAUUUUUCGAUCCCUUAACCAUCAACGAUGAGCUGAUGGAGCUGGAAAAACCAAAACCAACAGAGGCACAUACACCUGAAAUCCAUGUGGUGCGGCAGUACGGAUGGAACGGAACACUGCUUAAGCCAGGUGCCGCCAGCGCGCCUAAUGUAGCCGAGGAGAAUUAUUCCACGCGGCUGAUGAGUGAAAACAUGCGCGAGAAUUCAACGCUUAUGCAGAAGAAAGCUAACGAAAUGUUUGGCGAACUAAACGAUGCACAAGCAGACAAACUAAUGACAGCAAUUAAAAUGGCCGAUAAGGAUAAAUCGAUGCGGAGAUUGAUUCUGCUUUUGAUACGUACCUGCGACGACACGCCAACCAGCACGAAUGAGGAAUCGCGCAAAGCAUUGCUGGAGGCAUUAAUCAACAUUGGCGGUGUGAUGAACACCCAAAGUGCGGAUGACCUGCGAAUCGCGUCGGACAACCAAGCGCCGGAUACUGAUUAUCGCCGGGGCAAAGAAAUUGGGUACAAUAGAGAUGCGAAUUUGGUGCACGCUGCUGGUUCGGUCAUUAAAUCGACCACUCCAAAUAUGGCGGCAACGACAGAAAACUACGCCAAAGUGUCGACGGCGGAUGCAAACGAUGGCAGCAAUAGCAAAGAGCGCGAUAGUCAGGAACGCUUCAAUAGUGAGGAAUGGUUGAAGGAUAACGAUGUUCAAACUACGGAGGCUACAACAAAAAUGUUUGUGACGUCAAGUGAAGGGCAAACCAACUACUUGUCGAACACGGUCACCACCCAAGCCCGAUGGGCGUAUGACUAUGAAAAUACGCAUCAGCCGCAGUCUACUACCACACCCUACCCGUCCACAGCCGGACAAACAACUGAUGAUGGCCGUUCGACCGUUUUUACUACGAUCGCAGAACCCAUCGUGAGCACUACGCUGACAGCAAACCCUACUUCGGAGGCGUUUGAUAAUCCUAGCUCCACAACACUUCAAACUACGGUUGACACCAUCGACACAGAAUACAGAUCAGUAGAAUCCAUAGAAUCGGACACCUCUUCCGAAUUUAAACCACCGUUCAUCGUAUCUCAGCGCUUACCAAAAGACCUUUCGAGUUCUCUAGCUUAUCCUUCGUCGAAAAAGAACAAAUACAACUCGCCGCACAAUUCUGAUACGCGAGCACUCGAGCUACUAAAGUCGCUUUACUCUUUGGCGGCGAGAUGGGGCUAAAUUUAGUUGCACGUGUUUUGUUUGUUUCACUAACCGUUGUUCUUUGUUUGUAAUUUUUUACCCAUUAGACGGGUUGUAAAUGAGUGGCAAAUUCAACAAACUACAGCUACAUUCGAAUACGCAAUCACUGUUCGCAAAUCGGUAACAAUCGGUAGAAAAUAUGCUGCAAUAAGCCAUUAUAUAAACGAGUUAGGGGAUGAUAGAAGCAAACGGAUAAGAAUCUUGAAGGCAAACGCUAGCUUUUACGAUUAGUUUCUGUGUAAUAAAUAAUCCGGCCAUAUUUAUCGUAUAUUAUAAUAAAUCGAACCUAGAAGAACAGACAUUUAUUAAGCUCACAGCUUAACGAGGAUGUAUUUAAGCUGACGGAAUGAAUGACAAUUUUAAUCGAAAGCAUUGUAACAAACACAUAAUUAUAUACAUUCAUUCAUACAUAUUUAUAUAUAUACAUAUACACUAUAUAAUAAGUAUCAUAAUUCAUAACUUAUUUAAACCACUUAAUUAUGCACGAUCCUAUCUUACCAGCUGUAACUGUAACAAAAUGUUGUAACGAUUUAAAUUAAAACUUGUUGACAGUA